GUUGUUGUUCUAGAGAGGAGGUCUUGUGCAUGCUAUUCCAUUCCACUCUGCUGCUCAUUGCUCCAUCCAUCGGUGCACGGAGCAGACAGACAGAUAUUAGCACGCAGAGAAGCAAUAUUUGGAUGUAUGGAUAUAUGGAUGUAUUUGCUGCGCUAGGAUGAUGCCAUUUAUGUUCAUUCAAGUGGUCUAGAAGGUCCCCAGUCCUGCAACCGUCCAGUGAAGAGGGUGCCAAUGCACACCUAUUAGAAAGGAUUACUGAGCAUCUGCCACCUCACCCAAGGAGGUGAGAACAUCCCAUCACCAUGGGGAACCAGCUGACCGAGAUAGCCCCCAACACCCCGUUCCUGCAAAACUUCCAGUCCUUGCACGUGGUAGUGAUUGGCCUGGACGCGGCUGGCAAAACCUCUCUGCUCUACAGAUUGAAGCUCAAGGAGUUUGUCAAGACCAUCCCGACCAAGGGCUUUAACACAGAGAAGAUCAAGGUAGCGGUGGGCAGCUCGCGGGCCAUCACCUUCCAGGUGUGGGAUGUAGGGGGCCAGGAGAAGCUGCGGCCCCUGUGGAAGUCGUACACGAGGCGGACCGAUGGCAUGGUGUUUGUGGUGGACUCCACCGAAACCGAACGUAUGGAGGAGGCCAAGGUGGAGCUUCACAAGAUCACCCGUACCUCGGAGAACCAGGGGGUGCCCGUCCUGGUGCUGGCCAACAAGCAGGACCUGGCCUCAGCUCUGUCUGUGAGCGAGGUGGAGAAGGUCCUGGCCGUCCAUGAACUGAAUGCCUCCACCCUGCACCACGUACAGAGCUGCAGCGCCGUGGAUGGACAAGGCCUACAACCAGGCCUAGAGAAACUCUACGAGAUGAUCCUGAAGAGGAAGAAGAUGGUGAAACACAACAAACAUAGAAAGAGAUGAGCCUUGGAUUGUCCUGAUUUAAAGGGCCAUUUGUGACUCUUUGAGCGGCGGUCCUGUCCCUUUAAAUAAAAGGGAAGGUUUUUUGCCAACAAAGGACCAAUUCCAGAUGGCACAGGAGAAAUGGAUUUGGCCUUUAUGUGACAUGCAGUAUUGAUACACCGUCUUUCAUACCUUGUAUUAGCCACACAGCUGCCCUUUGUAUGCAAUGAAUAUGUGAUAGCCACGAGAGGCUGUAGCUGCCUAUGACAUAUUUUGUCCCACAAAGUUGGACUCACUUGUUUUACCCUACAACACAGUAGAAAUGUGAUACCGAACUUUGAACUCUGAACUCCUGUUGGAUAUGAACAAAGACACACAUUUUAUAUGAUAUGAUGCUAAAUCGUAUUGAUAUCAAAUGGAAUACCAUGGCGAUUACAGUAUUAUUUUGGUCACUUUUGAAAGAACAAUUCCAAGUACAUUCCCCUUAUGCCACAGAGUUUCAGUUGGAUUCGCAGGCUGUUUUUACAAGUUGUACAAUUUUUGUAACACUGAAGAAUGAAUAAAUCAACCCACUGU